AUGCAAAUGCUUUCUUUAAAUUUUUUUAUAUACACCGUUGGCGGUAUAUGGCGACCUGUUGAGUGGUCAUCAAAUGGUGCUAAGCUGCUGUAUAAUGUAUUUACCUUUAUUAUAAUAUCUUCGGAAUACUUUUUGGUGUUAACUCAAUUUAUGGAUAUAGUUCUUAUUGUCGAUAAUAUCGACGAUUUUGCCACUAAUACUCUAAUGUUCCUAACUAUUGUUGCCGUAUGUUGUAAAGCGACUGUCGUUGUGGUACGUCGAAACGAGAUCAUCAACUUAGUGCAAAUAUUAUUGAAAGCACCAUAUAAACCUCGAGACGAGGAUGAAGUAGCUAUACAAACAAAAUUUGAUAAAUUCAUCAGAUCAUGCUCGAUAAAAUAUUCACUUUUAGCAACAAGUUCCGUUACAGGCACUACAAUAGGAUCAGUAUUAAACGCUAUGCAAGGUCACCUGCCUUAUCGAAUAUGGCUGCCAUAUAAUUACAAUGUAUCUACGUUUUGGAUUAUAUCCGUUCAUCAGAUCUUAACUAUAAUUUUUGCUACGAUGAUAAAUGUUGGCACGGAAACCUUAGUUUUCGGAUUGAUUUUACAAACGUGUGCUCAGCUUGAAAUUUUCAAAAGUCGUCUUCACAAGUUCAUAAUUAAAAAGACAGUUAAAUAUCUCGGACAUGCACGCUCUUUGUCGAAUGAAGAUAAAACAUGGAUAUCGGAAUGCAUACGCCAUCAUCUCAGGAUUUACAAAUACGCCAAAACGGUAAACAUCAUAUUCAACCAAGUGCUUUUCGUUCAGUUUUUUAGUAGUAUACUGGUAUUAUGUACGAGUGUGUAUUACUUGUCAAUGCAUAUCAAGGAACUAUCUGCAGCUGCACCCUUAUUAGUAUAUACCAUUUGCAUGUUUGUACAAAUCUUCGUUUACUGCUGGUCCGGAAACGAAGUCAUGCUUAAAGUAACUAUCAUGUGCGCUUUUUUUGGAAAGGAAGCGAAUCUAAAUAUGCAAAUAUUUUCUCUAAAUUUUUUAAUGUACACCAUUGGCGGUAUAUGGCGACCUGUUGAGUGGUCAUCAAAUGGUGCCAAACUGCUGUAUAAUAUAUUUACCUUUAUUAUAGUAUCUUCGGAAUAUUUUUUGCUGUUAACUCAAUUUAUGGACAUAAUUUUUGUUGUUAAUAAUGUCGAUGAUUUUGCUAGUAAUACUCUAAUACUUUUGAGUAUUGUUGCUGUUUGUUGUAAAACCACUGUCGUUGUGGUACGUCGGAAUGCGAUCAUCAAUUUAGUGCAAGUAUUGCUGAAAGCACCAUACAAACCUCGAGACGAAGAUGAAGUAGCAAUACAAACAAAAUUUGAUAAAUUCAUCAGAUCAUGCUCGAUAAAAUACUCACUUUUAGCAACAAGUUCCGUUACAGGCGGUACAAUAGGAUUUGUAUUAAACGUUAUGCAAGGUCACAUGCCUUAUCGAAUAUGGCUGCCAUGUAAUUACAAUGUGUCUAUGAUGUUUUGGACUAUAUCCAUUCAUCAAAUGGUAACUACAAUUUUUGCCACUAUGAUAAAUGUUGGCACGGAAACCCUAGUCUUUGGAUUGAUUUUACAAACAUGUGCCCAGUUUGAAAUAUUGGAAAGUCGUCUUCAUAAAUUAAUAAUUAAUAAAACAGUUAAAUAUCUGGGACAUGCAAGCUGUUUGUUAAAUGAAAACGAAGCAGAUCUGUCGGAGUGCAUACGUCAUCAUCUCAGCAUUUACAAAUACGCCAAAGCGGUAAACGUCAUAUUCAACCAAGUGCUCUUCGUUCAAUUCUUUAGUAGUAUACUGGUAUUAUGUACAAGUGUGUAUUACUUGUCAACACAUAUGAAAGAACUUUCUGCAACUAUAUCUUUUUUAGUAUAUACCAUUUGCAUGUUUGUACAAAUCUACUUUUACUGCUGGUCCGGAAACGAAGUCAUAUUUAAAAGUAUGAGCAUAGCAGACGCUGUAUAUCAUAUGAAUUGGCCAUUAUUAUCAAUCAACGAAAAGAAAGGAUUAUUGAUGAUCAUGAUACGCAGCACAAUUCCUGUAAAGUUCACAAGCAGCUUCUUGAUAACUUUAUCCCUUCAGUCUUAUAGCAACGUAAUUCUUGUUGUCAAUAAUGUCGAUGAUUUUGCUACUAAUACUCUAACGUUUUUGAGCAUUGUUGCCGUUUGUUGUAAAGCGACUGUCGUUGUGGUACGUCGAAACGAGAUCAUCAACUUAGUGCAAAUAUUAUUGAAAGCACCAUAUAAACCUCGAGACGAGGAUGAAGUAGCUAUACAAACAAAAUUUGAUAAUUUCAUCAGAUCAUACUCGAUAAAAUACUCACUUUUAGCAACAAGUUCCGUUACAGGCACUACAAUAGGAUCAGUAUUAAACGUUAUGCAAGGUCACCUGCCUUAUCGAAUAUGGCUGCCAUGUAAUUACAAUGUAUCUACGACGUUUUGGAUUAUAUCUAUUCAUCAGAUUAUAACUUUAAUUUUUGCCACCGUAAUAAAUGUUGGCACGGAAACCUUAGUCUUUGGAUUGAUUUUACAAACGUGUGCUCAGUUUGAAAUACUCGAAAGUCGUCUACACAAAUUAAUAAUUAAUAAAACAAUUAAAUAUCUGGGACGUGAAAGCUUUUUGUCGAAUGAAGACAAAACAACACUGUCAGAGUGCAUACAUCAUCAUCUCAGCAUUUACAAAUACGCCAAAGCGGUAAAUGUCACAUUCAACCAAGUUCUCUUUGUUCAGUUCUUUAGUAGUAUACUGGUAUUAUGUACAAGUGUGUAUUACUUGUCAAUGCACAUUAAGGAACUGUCUGCAGCUGUAUCUUUAUUAGUAUAUACCAUUUGCAUGUUUGUACAAAUCUUCGUUUACUGCUGGUCUGGAAACGAAGUCAUGCUUAAAAGUACGAGCAUAGCAGACGCUAUCUAUCGUAUGGAUUGGCCAUUACUAUCGAUCAAUGAAAAGAAAGGAUUGUUGAUGAUCAUGAUACGUAGCACAAUUCCUGUAAAGUUGACUAGCAGCUUCUUGAUAACUUUAUCCAUUCAGUCUUACAACAAUGUUAGUAUUAUUUGGUGUCCAAAUAAAUAUUUGAUAUAGUAUGUAUCAAAUAUGA